AAUUCACUAUAUAAUGCCCUCGAAGAUUUCUAACCCAAGCACACCAAGAAAGCAGAAGAAAAUCUGAGAGAGAGAGAGAGAAGAAAGAGAGAGAUGGAGGUGUUCAAGGUGUCCAUGUCCAUUGCUUUGCUUUCUGCGGUGGCAUUGUUUUUCCGUCUGUAUAAGGUUCUGGUAUCUGAGCCAGCGAGGGUCCGAAAGAUAUUGAAGAAGCAGGGAAUAACCGGACCACCACCAACUUUUCUAGUUGGUAACAUGAGGGAGGUGAAGAAGCCCAUUGACGCAGCCGCCAAAGCUACUAAGUCCGCCGCCAACAAUGGAACCACACUCGACCACAACUGGGUCGCCACUCUCUUCCCAUUUUUCGAGCAGUGGAGAAAACUAUACGGUGAGUUGUUUGUGUUUUCUCUGGGUAAUUCACAUAUCGUGUAUGUGAAUCAGCCUGAUUUGAUAAAAGAGAUAACCACACACACAACCUAUGACUUGGGGAAGCCUUCAUAUCACCGGAAAGAGUUUGGUCCCUUGCUCGGCGAUGGCAUUCUGACCACUAAUGGACCUACCUGGGCAUAUCACAGAAAAGUUCUUGCUCCUGAAUUAUACAUGGAGAAAGUUAAGGGAAUGACCGGCCAAAUAGCAGAAUCUGUGGCCAUUUUGGUUGAUGCAUGGAACACCAAAAUUGAUUCUGAGGGUGGACUUGUAGACAUUAAUAUUGACGAGUACAUGAGAACCUUUUCUGGAGAUGUAAUUUCAAGAGCUUGUUUCGGUAGCAACUACGUUAAGGGAAAAGAGAUCUUUAACCGACUCAAAACUCUCCAGGAGGCUACUUCUGAUAAAGUUUUGUCCAUUGGAAUUCCUGGAAUAACAUAUCUUCCCACGAAGGCCAACAGAGAAGCAUGGGCAUUAGAAAAGGAGAUCCAUAACUUGAUCCUAGAGGUUGUGAAGGAGAGGAAAGAAACAGGGGCUGAGAAGGACCUUUUGCAAAUGGUUGUUGAAGGAGCUGAAAAUGGUGAAUUGAAAAUGAGCCAAAAAGAAAUCGACCAGUUCAUUGUUGCUAAUUGCAAAAACGUAUACUUGGCUGCACAUGAGGCUAGUGCAAUUGGAGCAUCAUGGUGCCUCAUGCUUUUAGCUUCCAACCCAGAAUGGCAAGAACGAGUACGUGCUGAGGUCCUUGAAAUUACUGGUGGACGAACUCCAGAUGCCGAUAUGCUUCGUAAAAUGAAACAGCUUACAAUGGUGCUACAAGAAACCCUACGUCUUUAUCCUUCAGGGCCUGCAUUGGCAAGGGAGACCUUGAACGACGUGACAAUUGGAGGUUACAAAAUACCAAAAGGUGUCAUCCUUUGGACCAUGGUGGUGACAAUGCACACAGAAACCGAAUUCUGGGGAGAAGACGCUUUGAGCUUUAACCCAGAGAGGUUCGCAAAUGGAGUCAGUGGUGCAUGCAAGCUUCCACAUGGGUUCUUGCCUUUCGGGUUCGGACCAAGGAUCUGUGUUGGACAACACUUGGCCAUGAUCGAACUCAAGAGCCUGAUUGCUGCCCUUGUGUCCAACUUCUCUUUCAGUCUCUCUCCCAAGUAUGUUCACUCGCCGGCUCUAAAAUUGGUUAUAAAGCCAGAAUUUGGAGUUGACCUUCUGAUCAAGAAGCUGUAAACCAUGUACCUUUUGAUACUUUUGUUAUUAAAAAGAAAUAAAUAGUAGCAGUUUAGGCAAUAAGAAGUUAUAUGUUCAUAAACAGAAGAGGAACUAUCAACUUCUCUCUUUAAUUUCAAGCCCAUUACUGUAUAUUGUGCUCGUAUCUUGAGUAUGUUUGUUUAUAAAAACGGUGUAUAUGCCGUAUGAUUUCAUCUGUAAUCCACUUAUGCAUGUCUUCUUUUUUCAAAAAUCUUGGAGAUUUGGCUCUUUUCUGGCCGUAGAACUCAAAAUGAUG